UGUUGGUUUAUUUUAUUUCCAUGCAGUGUGAGUGUCCCGCCUAAGUCUCAUUAUUAGCAUAUUCGUAAAGAAAACGUGAUGCCGUCGAUUCCGGGCAAAUAUCAACACUAUAAAAAUGAGAAUUUUGAUGAUUAUUUCAUCGCAGUUGGUGUUCCAUACAUCCCCCGUAAGAUGAUGGCGAUGUCAUCGCCUCUUAUGGAGAUCACACUGGAUGGAGACAUGAUGACAAUUAAAAGCUCUUCAUUGAUGAGAACUUUAGAAAACACUUUCAAGCUUGGAGAGGAAUAUGAAGAAAGAAUGCCAAAUGCUACUAUUAAAAGCACAACCACAAUACAGAAUGAAAGUGAAAUGGUAACAAACUCAGUUAUUAAUGAGACUGGCGACAAGUGUGGAAGGCAUUAUUUUUUCACUGAUGAAGAAUGUAUUGUGACACUAACCCAUGACAAAGCCAAAACUCCAGCAAAAAGAUACUUCCGCAGAGUCGAGUAAAUAUGACAUACUUAAUGGAGUUACUAAUUCCUUAAGUACAUACAUACAUGAAGAAGGUAUAUUACAGCUAUUACACUUUUGAAAUCUAUUUUUUAAGAGUUACUUUUGUGUUAAUUUUAUAUGCUAUUUUUAUGUUUAUAUAAAUAGAGGUUUAUAUGAAUUUUAUUAUUAAACUUAUGCUUAUUAUAAGUACCCC